UGGAGGGGCCCUGACCUGCUGGUACGACUGCUUUGGCUUCUAAAAGUUUGGGAACCUCCAAGUCUGCACUCCAGGACAAUCUGCAAGGGGAUGCUACUCGUUGAGGACCCGGACAGCGACGUGACUCCUCCCAGCCGCCGGGUGGCGCUGCUGAAUGUGCCGGACGGAGGUGUCCGCUAUGCUACCUUUGACGAACAGAGUGACGAGCCGGCCAGGCGAGGCCGCGCUGGUGACAAUGAGACGAUGGAGCGUCGCCUCCCUGCUCUCCCCGAUAGUCUUCUGCUGGAGAUCUUCAUGCACCUGGAACACGAGGACGUCCUGUCUGCCAGCCUAGUGUGCCGACAGUGGCACGCCGUCUCGAGGGACGAGUUCCUGUGGCGCCAGCUCUUCUACGGCUACUACCGCAUCUCGCGAGCCGUGCCCAGGCACCCUGCUGCCACCUCCUGGUUAGAGGAGUUCAAGCGCUUGUACGACACAAUCCCCUGUGUGGAGGUGCAGACAUUGAAGGAGCACCAUGAUCAGGUCCUGCACCUCAGCUUCUCCCACUCCGGCCAUUUCUUUGCCUCCUGCUCCAAAGACUGCACUGUCAAGGUGUGGAAUAAUGACCCUGAGAUAUCACUCCUCCACAGCUCCAGCAUGCGCAGGUUUAACUGGGGCUACACCCAGUUCUCCCAGUUCAAUGCAGAUGAUACCCUUUUGCUAGUUUCAGGUGUCUACAUUGGCCCUCAGCAGGCCUCCUCAGGGGAGAUUGCGGUCAUCAGCCUGGAUGACUUCACACUUCUUUCACGGGUCAGGAACAAACCGUACGAUGUGUUUGGAUGCUGGCUGAAUGAGACUCACCUGAUCUCAGGGAAGCUGCACUGGAUUGGAAACAUGACGUCCUGCUCAGUUCUCUGGCUGAACAAAGCAUUCCAGGAUGUAGAAUCUGAGAAUGUGAACGUUGUGAAGCGGCUAUUCAAAUUCCAGAACCUAAAUGCCAGUACGAUUCGCACUGUCAUGGUGGCAGACUGCCGGAGACACGACUCGCCAGACCUCAUCUUGAAUUACGAGGAGCAACGAGCUGCGGCAGAAAUAGCUGCUGCGUUGACAAGGACUUCUCAGACCUGCUCUGUGCCCCAUGUCUUUGACCUGGGCAGUGACAGCGAGGAUGAGGCAGCAAGCGGGAGCGAAGGCAGGAGGAGCACUGAUGUGGAUAACCCCAACCUCGGGCCAGGCUUGGAAGAGUUGCUUGAUGACAUUUACCAGGGCCGACGUCCACCUGUGAUCAAUGAGCAUCUGUUAGAGGCCAAAGUGGCCGAAUAUCUGGGAAAGACUCGCACGCGGCCUGCUGACUCUGAGCUCCUGAUUCCCAGCGAGGUGCAGGAGCCUAAGAAGUACCUCAUCUUCACCAUGGGUAGCCUGACCUACUCACCGCACCAGAUAGGAAUUAAACGCAUCCUCCCUGAUCAGAUGACCACCUCUGGACCAGUUCUGGGGAAGGAACGCAGUACAGAGGAGUUUUUUGAUUCACUAGACCACGUGAUUGACAUCCACGGUCAUAUCAUUGGCAUGGGUCUUUCUCCUGACCACAGAUACCUGUACGUGAACAGCAGGGCAUGGCCGACUGGCUAUGUCAUAUCAGACCCGAUGUCCCCACCUCCCAUCGCAGAAGAGAUCGAUAUGCAUGUGUUGGAUCUGAAGACUAUGCAAGAGGAGAGGCAGUGCCUUCGAGCUCAUCGUGCCUAUACGCCCAAUGACGAAUGCUUCUUCAUUUUUCUUGACGUUAGCAGGGACUUUGUUGCAAGCGGUGCAGAGGACAAGCACGGCUACAUCUGGGACCGUCACUACAACAUCUGCCUGGCCAAGCUGCAGCACGACGACGUGGUGAAUUCUGUGGCCUUCAGCCCGGUGGAUCAGGAGCUGCUGCUGACUGCCAGUGACGACUACACCAUCAAGGUGUGGCGAUCUCCUCGCGUGGUCCGCAUUGCCCAGCCCAGGCGUCCACAGCCCCGCAAGCUGCUCUUCUCCUGGCUGAUGAAUGUGAAGCAGUGACCAGCUGUCUGGGGCUUUUGGUUCAAUAGCCGGGGAGGGGGGUGGGCAGCAGGGAUGGCCGGCCUGGUGGGCUUAGCAUCGCAGCUGGAAUGCAGGGAGGGGAAAGUGGAAUCAAAAGGGGUGACGCGCCGGUCCCCUUCUGCACUCCUUUGAGUGAGGCCUGGGCAGACGUCCCCAUCUGUGACAGUUGCUGUGGUGGCCCCCCCCACCCCGUGCUACAAGGCUCACUGCUGAGGAAGAAUGGAAAUGAAGACGCAGAGCGGGUUGGCAUCUUUGGGGGGCCUCAGACCGGCCCAGCGUGUUGCCCUGCCCUGCUUUUCCUCGUCUCCACUUGUAUUUUUGAAAGAACUUUGUUUUUUUUUUUUGUUGUUGUUGUUGACAAAUGGAUUGUUUGAGUGCUGAAGGGCGACACAGGAACUCUGGAAACAUUAAAGGCAAAAAAGAAAAUGGUGUCGGGCCAAAGUCGACGAAAAAUGGAAGACGACGGCGUGUUUGAGUUAACGUGUUCUGCUGGUUUGUGCAAGUGUUGUUUCCAUAAGGCCUUUGAAUAAAUGAGCCGAGUGUCGAGGUGGCGGCCCGCUGUGACCUCUG